AUGCGUCUCACACACCUCACACUCAGCUUCCUGAGCCUAUCAACCGCAUCCGUCAUCAUCAACCCCCAGUCCCAAUCCCAGUCUCCUUCAGUGACGAUUUCCGCCUCCACCUCAAACAUAACCGAAUCUGCAGUCCAAACCGGCACGGGGCCUUCCAAUGCACCCUCAAUGACCCGCGUCAAGCCACCAUCACCAUCCCCUCCGCCUACCCCUCUCGCCGCAGAGAUCGACUUCACAGAUUUCGACGAUGAAGACCUGAACGAAAAUGUACAACACCACGGCCACGGUGGUGGCCAUGGACGUGGCAGAGGGCACAGUGCUAGUACUAGCAGCCAGGCGGGGACAAGUGGUAGCGGUGACGGGAGCAACGGGGCCAGCAGUGGAAAUGGAGGAGGUGGUGCUGCUGUUGCUGCUGGCGGAGCUGCGAAUGGGAAGAAGAGCGAUGGUGCUAGGCCGAGGGCUGAGAUGCUGGGCAUUGUGGGCGUGGGGGUGGUGAUGAUGGGAUUGGGGGUUUUGAUGGUCUGA